CGUGAACCCAGAGCCCGGUCCUAACAGCGCCAAAGGUGUCCAACUUACUGCGGCGAUUAAAUGGCUGAUAAAAAAAUAUACAAGAGUGAGAUUUAAAAUCACACACGCGCGCAAUACGUAUUCAAGGAAAUUACGGUAUUGAAUUUGAUGUUUGACGGGGAAGGUGAAUUUCUUACAUGUCGGUUUUAAAGCCACAUUUACAACAACAAAAAUGAACGUGUCAAUGUUGACGUGGAAAUUGUGUGGUGCGUGCGGGGACCCUCCUGGUGCCCCGCGAGGUGCCUGCUGGACUGCGCGCUACAGUCCGCCGCCGCUCUCUAUUCACAACUAUCGUACUCUUAACUAUUGUAUUCCCAACUAGAGUGCUCUCUGCGGUAGCUCUUGUCACUCCCUACGAUAACUCUUGUACUAUCUACUAUAAAGCGAGGGUGUUCGCUCCUAUAACUCGAGUACUCUUUACUAAAGCCAUCGCCUCUACGCGAGCCUCUCCGAUACCCGGGACGAGCUCCGGGCUCCGCGUGAAGGAGGCGCCCCGCCCGCUCGCUCCGUCUCCGUCUCUCUGUCGCAGGAAGGGACGCGGCUGGGGGAGAUGUCUCUGGACAAGGCGGAGCUGUGCGAAAGUCUCCUGAGCUGGGUACGGGCGUAUGGAUUCGAGGUUCCAUGCGAGGAUGUCUCGGAUCUCACAGACGGCGUUCUCAUGGCCCACGUGUUGCACCGCAUCGAUCCGGGUUGGUUUGACGUGGACUUUGUCGCCCGCAUUAAGAUCGAUGCCAGGGACAACUGGAGACUGAAGUUGAGUAACCUCAAGAAGAUUUUGAAUGCCCUUCUCAGCUACUACAGCGAGGUCGUGGGCCAGCCAGUGGCACAAGAUGCCGUGCCAGAUGUGUGCCUGAUGGCAGAGCAUGGACACCGGGGAGAGACUGGCAAGGCCCUUCAGCUCAUCCUUGGCUGUGCUGUCAACUGUGACAAGAAGGAAGAGCACAUUCAAACCAUCAUGACCCUGCAAGAGUCUGUUCAGCACGUGGUGAUGGCUGCGAUCCAGGAGCUGAUGAAUAAAGAGACGCAGGACUCCGCCGCAGGGCACGGAUUGCCAGAUAUGGAGCGGCAGCUGCGCCGAGCAGCUGAGGAUCUAUCUGAGGUGGAGAAGAUGAAAGAACAACUUGAAAAUCGAUGUCACGCGCUCACGCUGCAGCUGGAGAGCCUUCAGGAUGACCGGGGGAAGGUCCUGGCCGAGAACAAGCUGCUCCGCGAGCAGAGCGGCCAAUGGGGAACCCUGGAGGAGGAGGCGGUGCGGUCUCCCGUGGUGCGGAGCCAGCAGCUGGAGGCCUUGCACGAAGAGCUGUUCCGGCUGGAGGGCAGCCGAGACGAGUUCCGCCUGCGCUGCGAGGAGCUGGAGCGCAACGUGUCGGUGCUGGAGCAGAAGAACCAGCAGCUGACGAGCCUGGCUGAGGAGGCGCAGGCGCUCAAGGAUGAGAUGGAUGUGCUCAGGCACUCUUCGGACCGCGCGGCGAGGCUCGAGGCGGCUGUUGAGUCAUACCGGCGCAAGCUUGACGACCUGGGCGAUGUGCGGCGCCAGGUGCGGCUGCUGGAGGAGCGCAGCUCGCAGCAGCUGCACAACACGCUGGCGCUCGAGGAGGAGCUGCGCAGGGCCAACGCGGCGCGUGCGCAGCUGCACGCCUACAAGCAGCAGGUACAGGAGCUGCAUGCGCGGCUUUCCGAGGAGAGCCGCCGCGCCGAUCGACUCGAGUUUGAACACAAGCGGCUACAGGAGCGAAGCGACGCGCUCACCAAGGAGAAAGAGAGAGCGGUGGCCGAAAGGGAUGCACUGAGGGAGACCAACGAGGAGCUACGCUGCACACAGAUCCAGCAGAGUCAGCUGGAGGGCAGUGGAAUUCUCCAUGGGAGCCAAGUCUCACUGGAGGCUCUGGAGGCAGAGAUGGUCCCUGCAGAGUUCAGGGAGCGCUUGAUCCGACUGAGCCACGAGAACCGCGUGCUGCGCUUGCAGAGCGAAGGUGCGGACAGCGAGCGUGUGCUCACGCUGCGCGUCGAGCUGGACGAGAGCUCGCGCGCCCAGAGCGUGCUGCAGACCGAUAACCGGCUGCUGAACCAGCGCGUCCUGGAGCUCCAGGCUCAGCUGGAAGAGCUACAGAAGACUCUGCAGGAGCAGGGAGCACGCGCCACAGACCCUAUUUCUAUCGUCCUGACCAAGAAAGUUGAAGAACACUUGGAGAAACUGGCAGAGGAGAGCUCGGAGCUCAAGAUGCAGCGAGCGUUCAUCGAGGGACUGCAGCCACAGGCGAACCCUGCGUCCCCGAGCGUGGAGGAGCUGCAGGCCGCACUAGAGCAGAAGGAAAGGGACAUGCGUGCAAUGGAGGAGCGCUACAAGCGAUACCUGGACAAGGCCAAGAGUGUCAUCAAGACCCUUGACCCUAAGCAGAGCCCGAUGACAACCACUGAAUUACAAGCCCUUCGCAGCCAACUCCGCCAGAAGGACAACCUGGUUCACUCCCUGGAGCGCGAGUGCGAAAAAACACGGCAGCUGCGGGAGCAGGAGGAGAAGCUCAUUGUCAGCGCUUGGUACAAUAUGGGGAUCGGUCUGCCAAAGGGGAGUCGGGCUGGGGGUGCGAGCGGUGGUGCUGGCCCCACGCAGUCGUUCCUCGCAUGCCAGCGUCAGAGCACGAGCGCGCGCCGAGCCAAACAGUCGCACGCGCAGGCGGGGCCAAGCGCAGCACGGCACUCGCACGCUUGAGGGCACGUGCUCGCUCGCACGCACACGCACGCACUCUCACGCGCACUCACUAGACAAAGAUCUCCCAUAUAGCCUUAACAGACUGUAGGAACGAGUGCUAUUAGCGGGCACCUUUGGAGGCCGGCACGGCACACAAGGGGGAGGGUGACCAACACCACGCCCGGUCGCCUCUGUCUCCCCAGUGGCAAUGUUUAAACCCCACACCCGAUACUCACUUGAUGGUGAGUCAACCUAUGGGAGGCUCAGGACCGGUUCGAAUAAUCGUCACUGUUGUUUGCCAUUAGCGGGAAUCAAACUCGGGUGGCCAGGUUCGUCACACAGCGCGCUAACUGCUACACUACCGCUCCCCACAUUCACACUGUUACACACAUUCUCACACACAAAAUACACUCACGAACACAUACCCAUGCAUUUCACGCUCACACAUACUCAAACGCACUCACAUAUUAAUCACAUGUACCCACUCAUUACACGCACAAAGACAAAUGUCCCACACAUAGCUUACAUAGACUGUUGAGGUAACUACUAUUAGCAAGCACCUAUUGGGGAGUGAUAGUGUAUUGGUUAGCAACUAGCACUACUUACCUGGUGACCCAAGUUGGAUUCCGACUGACAGGUAAAAUCGGUGACAGAGAAUAUCUGAACCGGUCCUGGGCCUUGCCUCAGUCAACUCAGUUUUACACAAGUAUCUAGUGUGGGUACGUGAACAUCAGAGCUUGGGAAACAAAGGUGGUCAGGUGUAGUGCUGGCCAUUUCACCUUUUUGUGCGCCGUGCCCGCGUUAAUAAGUGCUCACACACACACACACGCAUGAAAUGUUUGCACACACAAGCACACCCACCCGCUCACACACGUUCCCAUGCAUUACGUUCUCAUACACACAUCAACAGCUACCUUUUUCCACUAGUGACAGUAACACCACUACAGAGCUUGUACUAAGUUAGGUGACUUAGAUGAGCUUUGAGGCAAUGUGAGAGUCAAAUAGGUUCUUUAGCACACCACAAAACAGACACAGGUUAUUUAGCGAGCUGGGUGACUGGCAGAGGAAUUACCUGUUCCCCAUACUUUUCCAGUCUGCUGUCUUGAGGCCACCUGAUGAUGCUUUGUGAAUAAUUGUCAUGGGUGUCCUCUUUCCUCGAUGCCGCAUUGCUGCUAGAGGGUGGCAUUAAAGAGCCUCAGAGACAGCUCCGCGUGGCUCGGCGGAGCUCGUAUCCGGUUAGUUGUAACACUCACUUCUUGCCCAGCACAUACACACACACAUGCACGUAAAACUGCAAAUCAUUGCCAUGCGGUGGCUGGAUUGCUCAAUAAGCUCGUGAGCCCAGUUGAGAAUGUGAGAUCCUCGAUUCAAAUCCCCAGCUGGGAUUUAACCAUACUGCCCGGUAUUGUGAGUUUCAUAGUCAACCCGGCCCAUUCACCAGUAACUGCACGAAAUUAUUUUAUUUCAUUUGGUGUUGAACUAAAUUGAGUAUAAACUCAACUGCGGGCUGAUUUUCCGGUUAAGAAGCAGAACAAACAACUUACCAAACUUCACAACUAGUAAGCUGUGUACAUCUUGUGGUAAGAUAGAACCUUCGGGGUGUCGAGUGAAUGAGAUUUCACUUCCAGGGUUGUCUUUUCUGUAGGAAGAUCCCGAAACUACUCUCAAUGGCAAUAGUACAAAUAAAACAUACAGUUGUGUAUAAUCACAGCAGCAUAAUGUACUCCUGGCAGUAGCAAAUUAUAUCUGUUGAGUUCGUACUUAACAUUGUUGAACAAAUGCAUGGAACGGUGGGGGGGGGGGUAUCUUCACUAUAUUUUCUUAUUCUAGUGAACCAGGCACGUAAUGUCACGUGCUCAGCAAGUGAGUAGUGUUGUACCAACAAGACUCGCCAAUCACAAAUGCACAAGUUGCACAUAUUGUCACUGUGUAUGGCCAGGUGUGGGUGGGGAUGCACACCUGCACACCUGUCAUCCGGUGAUUUUGAGGUUAGAUUCAGUGCAUAGUUCUGAGGUGGUGUGCACGAUAUCCACGCCCGUGAGAAGCAUGGUGGUGCAGUAAAUAAAUUCGAGGUCGCUGAUCGUGCACAGAUUGACUGGGGUUUUUUCCCUCAACAUUGAGGAUUACUCUUACAAGAGGUGGCUAGGGGGGUAGCUUAGGAUCAGGGCACUAAGCUGGCACUCCUAAGAUCUGGCUCUGAAUGUGUUUUUUUUCAGCCGCCUGUGUUUAAACCGGAUUUUAAAGUGUUGUAAUAAGUUAAUGGUAUCACCACGGCGACCAAUGACUGCACAAAAGCCCAUCCAUCCUAUUUGUGUUUUCAUGGAAUUUGGCUACAAUCCAGUGAUGAGGAUUCAAAAUAUAUUUUUCUGCCUGCCAUGCAACAAAAAUCUCUAUAGCAGGGAGUGCAGGGAAGUGCAGCGAGGAUAGGUCAUAAAGGCAUCUCAGAUAUCACCUUCCUCGGGCCUAUUCCUAAAAUACUGUGCUCCACGAGAGUUGCAAAUGAAGCUUUGUCUCAUGAUAUUGAUAUCAAUUGGAUAAAAAUAAUAGAGGAAUUUAUUAUAAAUGAAGAAAUACUCAUGCGCAAACCAUUUCUGAAAAUGUCUUGAGCCCAAGGCUCUCCUGGCUACACAUCAUGCUAUGCUUUUGCUCAGUGUGUAAAACAUAAACAAUAUUUUAUUAUAUUUUAUUACAGUCAAUUCACGAAAAAGUGAGCUAAUUGAUGCCAAUAUUUGACCACUACAUUCUUGAGUUUAAAUAAUGAAGUGAGUUUUAUGGUCUAUAUUUGUUUUAACGUUGUGGUGUUUUGCCACUAUCGGUGGCAUUAUUGGGAUUGGUGUGUGACGCACGAGAUGCGAAACAUGGCGAUGCGUGCCACUACGUGAACGCGUAAACACCACCGCCAAUACUUGUAGCACAAAUCAAAGCUCUCAGUUAAAUUCCUAACUUGGAUAUUAGCAUUUUGAAUAAGCUGACAUUUUUUUGAUAUUUUAGAUUUUUUUACAAACAUAUAUUGACCUGUGUAAGACCCCCACCCACAGGGCUAUGAUGUUGGUGCCUUAUUAAGCAGGACUACAAGUAGGUUUCAGCCUGCCUCGGUGUGAUGGAGCUUCAGUGUUAUUCAUUGAAAUGCCUGGAAUUUCUCCUUGAGAGCUCGGGUUUCCCCCCAUGUACUAAAAUAAUCGUCACGAAAAGAAUUGGCUAAACAUCCCUAAGGAGGACAUUUGAAACUGAGUCUUGGGACUGAGGCUUUCGUGACAAAAGUACUACGCUCAUAAUAGCUACGUGAGCACAGGAGUCUGAUGCUCAUGUUGUACUAUUGGCAAUGCUGUGGUUUCUGGAUUUAAAUCCUGUGUCACAACACUCCAUUAAUGUUCCUAAGUACGGCGAGUUUUAUAGUGUCAGCCCAGUCAUUGACGCUUACAUAGUUCAACCAUACUGGCUACAAUUUUAAAAGGGUGUUUGCCACAGAACAAUGGAGUGUGUUAGAUAUGCAUAUGAAGCUUAUUGGGAAAGUGGAAUAAUUCGCGACGGUUAAAUUGUGUCUUGCAAGGUGCAGGCAGCUCAUGGUGGGAAGAUUAAAAUGAAUGGUUGGUUAUGCGUUGUCUUUGAUUACCGAAUUGCAAUCCGUAUGUGAUGAGGAUGCUGGAAUGUCGUUUACAUGAGACCGGUUGCGUGCAUGCAGGGUAAUGUGGUGGUAGGGCCUUGAAAGGAUGCCCGCUGUAUGCAGUGGGAUUUUCAUCCGAAUCUUCACCUCCCCUAUCUUGUUUCCCACAUAGACUUUGCCAAUCAUGGCAUUCGUAACCCUCGCAAAUUAUUUGAAUUUAGUUUUUUGGGUAAAUAUAAAUAGUUAAAAUUAAGUUAUUAGUAGCGGUUAAAUGUUUUACUAUAUAGGAGCACUAUAACACCCUCAUAUGAUUUGACUUUCCUGCAAUACCACGAGUUCAAAUGCCAUAUAGAUGGUAUUUGUCCAUUAAACAUGGACUGCAAUACCGGAGAAAUAGCAUUGUGUGGAUUUUUGCAACGAACCACUUUGUCGAGAUUCAUGUUGAAACCUCUUGCGGCCGUGCGGAUGAGGUCACGCAUCGUUCACCAGCCUCGUGGUGAAAUGUCAACAUGGGUUUGUGCAGAGACGUCAAUCAAACUGGGUAAAUUAAUCUUCAUGAUGUAAUUAAUGUACACCCCUUAGUUUACAUGCAUACUUGUUUUUUUAUCUUAUUUUUUGACAUAGGCUGAGCAGGAAACGUGUGCCUGGUUCAAUUGAGCUCUUUGGCAAGGCCAGGAGUCGGGAACCAAAAUAACAGGAAGAGUAAAUUUUUCGAAUUCAGUAAAAAAAAACCUCAAUAUUUCAAGAGCCGCAAAGCAUUGUGAUCCUUAAUAAAUAACGUCAUGAAGCAGUCCUUAAAGGGCCGCGUGUUGCUCCAGAGCCGCAGGUUGCCGAAACCUGGGCCAGGCCGUCCAAGAAAGAGUGUAGAGCAGGGAUCAGGUUUGAUGCAUUUCUUCCCUGCUGUGUGAAUUGGCCAUAAUGGCUCGGAAAUGUACAGCUUUGUUGAAAAUAGUUAAUCAACAACGUUGCAGUGUUUGAACGUAAGAUGGUUUAUGCGAUGUGAACAUUUAAAGUCCAGAGGUUUUGCCGUGUAACUUUACCAUCCACUGAGCAGGGCUGCUUAGGGGUCACACAAGAAUGAGAAGUCCAUUUGAAGGCACUUCAGCUCUUAAUUCGCGCAGUGCACCAUUACAGCGAUGUUAACAUUUAUCAUCAGAUUCGAAGCUACAUGUAAAUUUGAGUUACUUGUUAUUCCUACAUUUUGUUGUUAACUUAUUUCCGAUGUCUUAAUGAGAGGCCAUAAGAUUGUCUUAAAGAGAAUCCGAGGCCGAGGUGAACGUUUGACCUCGAAUUGAGCUGACAGCAGGAGGCUGCAGUGGUUUCAGCUCAUCCCAUCGGAGGCUCGCGGCGUGUUCCGACUCGGCGCACUGCGAUAUUCACACCCGGCCAGCUUCAGCCAACUUGGUCCCACUGCAACACACCCCGAAUUCUGCCAUCACAUGGUGGACAAACUCCAGGAAUUGUCCCAAAUUCCUGAAGUACAAGUGUUUCCUGUGUCGUGUCCAUGCAUAAUUCUACAAUGUGUAACAUAGCUUUACCUAAUGAGUCUCAUGACAUUUUAAGACUAUACAUUAGUUUAAGGGCUGCCUGUUUUUUUGUGCUAAGGAAUGGCAGACAUAGUUGAAUAAAAUUGGUUUCUAAACAUAA